GCCGCCGCCGCCGCCGCCGCCGCCGCUGCCGCCGCCGCCGGGAUGUGACCUUCACAGCCGCCUGCACGGGAUGAGCGGAGCCACCGCCCCGCGGCGCCCGCGGCUCGCCACGGCCUCCCGGGCGCUCUGAGAGCGCGCGCUCCCGGCCCGGUCGCCGUCCCCGGCCCUCGCCCCGCGCUCGCCCCGGCCCGGCCCCGCCAUGCCGCCGCCGCCCGCGCUCGCCGCCGCCCUGGGCACCGCGCUGCUUGUGCUCCUGCUGGCCUCCGAGUCCGCGCACACUGUGAUGCUGCGGGCGCGAGAGGCGGCGCAGUUCCUGCGGCCCCGGCAGCGACGCGCCUACCAGGUCUUCGAGGAGGCCAAGCAGGGCCACCUGGAGAGGGAAUGCAUUGAGGAGCUGUGCAGCCAGGAGGAGGCCCGGGAGGUGUUCGAGAACGACCCCGAGACGGACUAUUUUUACCCAAGAUACUUAGACUGCGUCAGUAGGCAUGGGCCUCCACACAGCAAGAGCCCAGCUUUCGCCGCCUGCGUUCAGAACUUGCCUGACCAGUGCUCCCCAAACCCCUGCAACAAGGAGGGGACCCAAGUCUGCCAAGACCUCAUGGGCAACUUCUAUUGCCAGUGCAGAGCUGGCUGGGGCGGGCGGCUCUGUGACAGAGAUGUCAACGAGUGCAGCCAGCAGAAUGGGGGCUGCAACCAAAUAUGCCUCAACAAGCCCGGCAGCUUCCACUGCGCCUGCUACAGUGGCUACACGCUCACGGUGGACAGCAGGACCUGCCAAGACGUGGACGAGUGUGCAGACGGCAGGGCCUGCGGGGAGGCGCGCUGCAGCAACCUGCCGGGUUCCUACGCCUGCCUCUGUGAUGAGGGCUACGCGUUCAGUCCCCAGGAGAAAGCCUGUCAAGAUGUGGACGAGUGUGCUGAGGGGCGCUGUGAGCAGGCCUGUGUCAACUCCCCAGGGGGCUACACCUGCCACUGUGACGGGCGUGGGGGCCUCAAGCUGUCCCCGGACAUGAACACCUGCGAGGACAUUUUGCCCUGCGUGCCUUUCAAUGUGGCCAAAAGCGUGAAGUCCUUGUACCUGGGCCGCAUGUUCAGCGGGACCCCCGUGAUCAGACUGCGCUUCAAAAGGCUGCAGCCCACCAGGCUGCUUGCUGAAUUCGACUUCAGGACCUUUGACCCCGAAGGGGUCCUGUUCUUUGCUGGAGGUCAUCAAGACAGCGCCUGGAUCGUGCUGGGCCUGCGGGCUGGCCGGCUGGAACUGCAGCUCCGCUACGGUGGUGUCGGCCGAGUCACCAGCAGCGGGCCUAUCAUCAACCAUGGCACAUGGCAGACGAUCUCUGUGGAGGAACUGGACCGGAAUCUGGUCAUCAAGGUGAACAAGGAUGCCGUGAUGAAGAUCGCAGUGGCUGGGGACCUGUUUCAGCUGGACAGAGGACUGUAUCAUCUGAACCUGACCGUGGGAGGCAUUCCCUUCAAGGAGAAGGACCUGGUCCAGCCAAUAAACCCCCGUCUAGAUGGCUGUAUGAGGAGCUGGAACUGGCUGAGUGGCGAGGACACCACCAUCCAAGAAACGGUGAAAGCAAACUCCAAGAUGCAGUGUUUCUCCGUGACGGAGAGAGGGUCCUUCUACCCCGGGACCGGCUUUGCCUUCUACAGCCUCGAUUACACUCGGACGUCCGCGGCCGUCGGCACCGAGGCAGGCUGGGAAAUAGAGGUCGUGGCUUGGAUCCGCCCCGCCACUGACACAGGGGUGCUGCUCGCGCUGGUGGGCGGCGACCGCGUGGUCGCCCUCUCCGUGGCCCUGGUCGACUACCACUCCACCAAGAAGCUCAAGAAGCAGCUGGUCGUCCUGGCUGUGGAGGGAGUCACCCUGGCCCUGAUGGAGAUCAAGGUCUGUGACGGCCAGGAGCACCGAGUGGCCGUCUCUGUGCAGAAGGGUGAGGCCACCCUGGAGGUGGACGGCACCAGGGGCCAGAGCGAAGUGAGCGCCGCGGGGCUGCAGGAGAGCCUGGCUGUGCUCGAGAGGCACCUGCAGGGCUCUGUGCUCACCUUUGUUGGCGGACUUCCAGACGUGCCUGUGACCUCAGCGCCAGUCACGGCCUUCUACCGCGGCUGCAUGACCCUGGAGGUCAACCAGCAGACGCUGGACCUGGACGAGGCCGCCUACAAGCACAGUGACAUCACAUCACACUCCUGCCCCCCCGUCGAGCAGGCCAGCCCCUAGAGCAGCAGGAAGAGAAGGCCGCGGUGACCCCACCCACCUGCCCACGUCAGCCUCUCCGGACCCCACACCCCUGCAGGCCGCUUUCUCCGAGACUGUUCUUUGCCUUGUAACAUAUGUGUAAAUAGUUGAGGGGACUAGUAUUAGUGACCCGAAGCCACAGCCCCAACCCCCAAAGCCUCCUAGAGGGAGGCCAGAGGCAGGAGGCUGGUGCUCACUGGAGCAGACCCAGGAAAAUAAUUCUGUUAUUUUUAUUACCAAAUGCUUCUUUCUGGCCUGAAAACAUGGAAAAAUAAAACAUCUACAGAACCAUU